GGAAAAGUAGGGUUUUGAAUACUUUGAAUAUGGGUCACAAAGAGGAAAGGGAGAGAGGAGAAAAUGGGUUUACAUUCAUGUGUAAGCCCCCACAGCACUCUCCCUACCCAGCCCUCAGUAAAGCAAUUAAGUGACAAUAGUGCUUCUGAACAUAACAGAGUCUUUGCAAAAGAGACUCUAAGUCUCUUAGUAGUACCAAGAAAAUUUCCAAAUAUACAAAAGAUGUCCAAGUCAAUCCUAGUUACUACAAUUAUUGUCUGUCUUUUAGGAAUACUGCCCUGCUGUCAAGCCCUGUGGAGCUGGAAGAAGCUUGGUAAAUUCAGCAGCAUCCAGUGGAAAACCAUUUCUUUGAUUGGGAGGGAUUUUAUUCUUUUUAUCUACAUUACAGAAGGGAGUUUUUCUUUGUGCAGGGGCAGGGAGAGUAAGUGUUGAACCAAAUCAACUUCCAACACAAUGGGCCAACCCCCAAAGAGUCCAAUUUUUUCUGCUGCUUCCUUUAAGACCACUCAUUGCCUACCAGUUUGCAUAAUUCCCAUUUAUGGUCAAAACUCAUAAAUUUGGGAUUUUAGACAGCAGCUCAGUCUGGUAGCACCCAUAACCUGCCUUGGGCUACCAAAAACAAAGAGCUGGCAUCACUGAAUCUCUGGUCUGUUUAUUUCUGUAAGUUAGGAAAUGUUUCCCUAGGCCUUGGUAGCAGUGAUCCUGGUUCUAACUGGUGUUUUAAAGAGGGAAUUUCCUAGUUCUAUUCUAAAGAUUGAUGGGGUUUCUCUGUGUCUCUGUAGGGGAUGGAAAACAACAAGGCUGAACUCCCACCUGUGCAGGAGCCGGUGAAGAAGAGGAAUGAUGGCUCCCAGAAGCCCCAGGCCACAUCGCCUCCUAGCAAACGGGCAAAGUCAGCCACUGAUGGACGCCACCUACACCAUGCAAGAGCCCAAGUCACAUUACCUGCAUCUGUGGAAGAAAGGGAGCUGCUCCAGAAGCUUUACCAUCUCCUGGAAGCCAAGGCGUUCCAGACACGGAUGGAAGGAGUGGCACUCCUCCUAGACCUGUCCAAAACCAGACCCCAGCUGAUCUCCACUAACAUUGUCAAAAUUUUUGAUUAUUUUGGCCUGAGAAUCUGUGACACACAUAAGAAAGUGAAGCAGAAGGCGCUGGAGGCGCUGGCAGAAAUCAUAGGACUGCUGCAGGAUGCCAUGAACCCGUUGAUGAUCCGUUUGGUUGAAGGCAUAACAAAGAACCUAAACUCAAAGGAUCCCGGGGUUCAUGCUGCAGCUAUGACGGCUCUGGACCAAUCUGUUGUGCAUUUAGAUGACGUAUCACUGAUGAAAGAGCUCUGCCACCAAUGGAGACAACUGAGUGGCCAAGCUCUGCUGGAUGUCACGGAGCGUAUCACAGUGCUUGUGGAAUGGGCUCAUGCCAGGAGCCCUGAAGCGGUCGAGCGCUACGCCCUGCCCGUGCUCUGGUCCUGCCUGGAGAACAAGGCGCUGCCUGUGCGAAGCGCCAACGUCUGCGCUGUGGUCAUCAAGCUGGCCUGUGCCCUCUGCGAGGCACUGGGCAGCCAGAUCAUUAAGUUUGCUGACAGCACACCUCCACAUGUUCAGGAAAACCUCAACAGCCUUCUGGGCUGGUAA